CAACAACAACAACAUCAACCACAAUACUGUGCGAGACAGCGCGCAUGCGCACAACACUACCCAACCAGUGUCGACCCCAGCCAUCUAUUAUGCUUCUUCGCAAUAAAAGCUACCCGAAUAUCUGCAAGGAAAACGCAACCGGAGCUGCUUGGAGUGAAAAGUGCUGACACUCAGGUACUGAGAUGGGAUGUGUGCAUCGAGGUGGGACCAAGGAGCUGCAAGAGGAUCAUUGUAACUGAGCUAAGAGGUGUACAGACGGCAUUCAAGCAUCUUCUUCCCCUUAACUGGCCAGUAUGUCGGUAGUCACGUCCCCUGCCCAGGUGCCUCCACCUAUUGUAAACCCUUCCCCACCUGAGGUCACAAACUCCAGUAAGCCUGGCCGAAAAACAAACCAGCUACAGUAUAUGCAGAAUGUGGUUGUGAAGACUCUGUGGAAGCAUCAGUUUGCGUGGCCCUUUUACACACCUGUGGAUGCCAUCAAAUUGAAUCUGCCAGACUACCAUAAAGUUAUUAAGAAUCCAAUGGACAUGGGAACCAUAAAGAAGCGACUUGAGAAUAAUUAUUAUUGGACUGCUGGUGAAUGUAUGCAGGACUUUAACACUAUGUUCACAAACUGUUACAUCUAUAACAAGCCCACAGAUGACAUUGUUCUUAUGGCUCAAGCCUUGGAAAAGAUUUUCCUCCAAAAGGUAGCUCAGAUGCCCCAGGAGGAAGUGGAGCUUCUACCCCCACCACCAAAGGGCAAAGCACGGAAACCUGCAGCACCCCCUGGUUCAGAAAACCAACAAUCAAUAGCACUGACGACUGGUUCUCCAUCCUCGUCAUGUCCGAGCUCCCCCCCACAGCUGGCUCAGACUCCUGUAAUAGCUGCAACUCCAGUCUCGACUAUCACCUCCAAUGUCCAAGCUGUGCCCCCUGCCACAUCCAUGAUCCCAACAGCACAGCCUGUUGUCAAAAAGAAAGGGGUAAAGCGGAAAGCAGACACUACCACGCCCACAACCUGUGCGAUCACUGCCAGCAGAAGUGAGUCGCCCACUGCAGUGUUGGAGUCCAAACACAGUAAAGUCAUUUCCAGACGAGAGAGCACGGGUCGACCCAUCAAACCUCCCAAAAAGGACCUGGAAGAUGGGGAUGUCCUACAGCAAGGCAACAAGAAAAGCAAGCUCAAUGAUCAUCUCAAAUACUGUGACACUAUUCUUAAAGAGAUGCUUUCCAAGAAACAUGCAGCUUAUGCCUGGCCCUUCUACAAGCCUGUAGAUGCAGAGGCCCUGGAGCUUCAUGACUAUCAUGAAAUCAUCAAGCAACCAAUGGACCUCAGCACUGUCAAAAAAAAGAUGGAUGGUCGAGAAUACCAAGAUGCCCAAAGCUUCGCAGCAGAUAUUCGGUUAAUGUUCUCAAAUUGUUACAAGUACAACCCGCCUGAUCAUGAGGUUGUUGCCAUGGCAAGAAAACUACAGGAUGUGUUUGAGAUGAAAUUUGCUAAGAUGCCAGAUGAACCUGCAGAGCCGUCCUCCCCUAAUGCAGUGUCGGCUACAGCAGUGGUGAGCAAGAGCACCGGCAGCAGUGAGAGCAGUGCAGAUUCCUCCAGCUCCAGCUCGGAUUCAGAGGAGGAGCGGGCCACCAGGCUGGCUGAGCUUCAGGAACAGCAAUUCGUUGUGGAGCACCCCAAUGGUAACAGGGCAGGGACAAAAAACGGGUGUGCCAAACGUUUUCAGCUGAAGGCUGUUCAUGAACAGCUGGCCGCUCUGUCACAGGGUCCUGUGAGCAAACCAAAGAAAAAGAAAGAGAAGAAAGAAAAAGAGAAGAAGAAAAAAGAAAAAGAGAAGGACAAAGACAAAGACAAAAACAAGGUCAAGUCAGAAGAUGAGAAAAAGGCCAAGUCCACACAACAGAAUAAGCCAACUCAGCAGAAAAAGACCUCUGCACGGAAACCCAACAGCACGUCUACUGUGAGGCAACCGAAAAAGGGGGGCAAACCUACCGCGGCUAACUACGAGUCUGACGAGGAGGAGUCUCUUCCCAUGUCUUACGACGAGAAGCGGCAACUCAGCUUGGAUAUCAACCGGUUGCCGGGUGAGAAACUGGGCCGUGUGGUCCACAUCAUCCAAUCACGUGAGCCGUCGCUCCGAGACUCCAACCCAGACGAGAUCGAAAUCGACUUCGAAACGCUCAAGCCGUCCACAUUGCGUGAGCUUGAACGAUAUGUCAAAUCCUGUUUACAGAAAAAGCAACGUAAACCUUUACCGGGCACUGGGAAAAAGAGUGCCAAGUCUAAAGAGGAACUGGUACAGGAAAAGAAGAAAGAGUUAGAAAAGAGGCUACAGGACGUGAGUGGACAACUGAACAACAACAAGAAACCACCCAAAAAAGCAGAGAAGGCGGGAUCGGCACAGGGGGGCGGGCCAUCUCGGCUGAGUGGCAGCAGCAGUUCUUCUGAUUCGGGAAGCAGCAGCUCCAGUGGCUCCAGCUCAGAGAGCAGUGACUCAGACUGAACUCAGAUCAGAGUGUCACGUACUUCAACCUCCUCUAUUUUCUAAUGAGUAGUGUGUGUUGUCAUGAAUAGUAUCUCUCUGAAGGCCUAUUUUAUAAAGAGCUAGAAGCAUUGCAAAUGGCAGAGGAUAUUUUAAAAUAGUUUGUAGAAUGCUCUUGGCUCAGACAAAGAAGAGAGUGGGAAUAGUUUGAAC